AUGGGGCCCUGGGGCAAGCCUGGGAAGACAGCAUCUCCUGUGUCCCAUGUAGGGUACAGCCUCUCCCGGAGGCUCCGGGCUGUGGGGGUCCUGGCCGGAGCCGCCCUGCUUUCUGCCAUAUGGCUCCUUUGGCUGCUUGGGUCACCCCCCACCGGAGGCCCUGCGCCCCCGCACACGCUCAUCAUCCUCAUCUGGCACUGGCCCUUCAGCGACCGGCCCCCAGAGCUUCCCAGCAACACCUGCAUCAGCUUUGGGGUGGCCCACUGCCAUCUGAGCACCAACCACAGCUUGCUGGCCAGCGCAGAUGCUGUGGUUUUCCACCACCGAGAGCUGCAGACCCAGCAGGCUCGUCUGCCUCUGGCCAAGCGCCCACGUGGACAGCCCUGGGUGUGGGUCUCCAUGGAGUCGCCCAGCCACACCCACGGCCUUGGUCGCCUCGGUGGGAUCUUUAAUUGGGUGCUAAGCUACCGGCGUGACUCGGAUAUCUUCGUGCCCUAUGGCCAGCUGGAGCCUCACCAGGGGCCUGCGCCGCCACUGCCGGCCAAGAAGAGGGUGGCAGCCUGGGUGGUGAGCAACUUCCAGGAGCGGCAGCGGCGUGUCCAGGUGUACCGGCAGCUGGCGCCUCACCUGCAGGUGGAUGUGUUCGGCCGCGCCAACAGGCAGCCCUUGUGCGCUAACUGCCUGCUGCCCACCGUGGCCCAGUACCUCUUCUACCUAUCUUUCGAGAACUCACAGCACCAAGACUACAUCACUGAGAAGUUCUGGCGCAACGCGCUGGCAGCCGGCACGGUCCCUGUCGUGCUGGGGCCCCCGAGGGCCACGUACGAGGCCUUUGCACCAGCUGACGCCUUUGUUCAUGUGGACGACUUCAGCACAGCCCAAGAACUGGCCUCCUUCCUGGCUAACAUGAACGAGAGCCACUAUCGGCGCUAUUUCGCCUGGCGAGACCGGCUCCGUGUGCGGCUGUUUGGGGACUGGCGGGAACGCUUCUGCGCCAUCUGCACCCACUACCCCCACCUCCCCCGAGGCCAGGUCUACCAGGACCUCCAGGGCUGGUUCCAAGCCUGA